AAUCAUCACAUCGUAGCUUUUGACUUCUUUUCAAAUCAUCUUCCUUUACCACCUUCCGACUUUUCUUUGCACCCGCCACACCUCAAAAUUAUGAACUUUGCUCUCAACUCCGCUCUGUUCUUCGUCUUGCUUGCCUCGGCGUCGUGCCAAUUUAUGCAAUACGACGAUGUUCUCGGAGCAGUCGUCGAAGGUUCUGGUGUGGAAAUUGAAAAAGCUUCAACCACAGAAGCUACCACUACCACUGUCGUAGAAACUACAACUACAGUAGACUCUACAACUACUGAAGUCGAAACGACACCAACCACCGAAGCUACCACUACUGUAGCUGAAACCACUACUGAAGCUGAAACUACCACAACUACUGUUGAGUCUACCACUACUACAACUGAAGCAACCACGACAGAAGCUGCCACCACUACUACCACGACUACUGAAGAACCAGCUACCACUACUAAAGAAAUUACUACCACCGAAAUUGUGAUCGCUGAGACCACACCAACUGAAGAGGUCGAUGAAGAAAGCUUCCUUGGAUUCAAGAAGCCAGAUCUUGCUACCAUCUACCGUAGACUCUUCCCAUUCCAACACCACCCAGGACAAAAGCACUACCAAGGACAGUUCGGACAACAGGGAGGAUUCUAAGUAACCAAAAAAGCGGGAUCUCACUUCAUUCCUAUAUAAGGAUCGCUUCGUAUUCUGUAUCAGAUACUAUCAGAGUUCUAUUUGCAAAACAUGAAUUUAUGGCUUAUUUAUUUUUUUAAAAUUAAUUUAUUUUAUUGACUGAAUCCCUUUCAAAUGUAUGUGACUCCAGAGGUGUCGGAUCUCGAUGGAAAUGUGAUAUUUAUUUGAAUAAAAAAUAAAAAAUAAAAAAUUACAAGCUUAAAAA